UACAAUCAUUUACAGCAUUUUAACUAACUGAUGUUAUUAUUUAUGUGUAACAUUCUCAUUUAUGUCCUACUUGUAAUUGUUUUACGGGCAAGUGGUAAUGAGUAACUAAGUACAUUUAUUUAAGUAUUGUACUUAAUAGUUUGUUAACAGUUUGUUAGAUUUAAGAGGCUCUAUUUGUAGAAUAUAGCAGAAAUGAAAUUUAAUAUUCAUAACUUUUCAUUAGUUUUUAUUUAAUAUCCACUGAGCUGCAUUGAAUCGUCAUGUUUCUACAGCAGACAAUCUAAGCACUGGCUCUAUAUGGGGCUGUUCAAGUUGUUUAUACAUUUCUUGACCAUUGUAGUUUCUCCUUGACACUAGGAAGGUGAUCUUGUGGUGGUUGAGUUGCAAUCAGCAACUAUGCCACAAAGUUCUACACACUGGACACUUUAAGUAGGCAACAUUGUCCUUUUACUAGUGCUAGUGACUAGCACCUCUAAAGCUCAGUAAUUGCUUAACUUAUGGUUUAACUGGAGUUUAUGUGUGAUUAUUUGUCGACUGUUAGCUGCACAAACUGCACAAGCAGAUUUUCACAUUUUCUCUUUACUCAUCAUCAUCACAAUUUUAACAGCUACAUUCGGUCUAUAGACAGCCAGGGGCUUUUUUUUGUGACAUCACUGAACAAGAUAAUUUUCUUUUUGACUCUUACUUGAGCUGAAGUCACACUUAGCUGACUGCUCCCUUAUUGACAUUAAGGUUAAUGUUUAGCAGUAUAGACUAAAUGCCAAUCUGAUUACAAACAGUACUGUGAUUUCAGUUUUAUUCAUCAGCUACACUGAAUCUGACACAGAAAGUUAUUGCAAACCUCCUUUGGCAAUGAUAAUUUCUUACAAGAAUGCUGUCACACCUCUGAAAUAUUUAUUUGUCAUGAGUCAGUGUUUAAAGCUACUGAGCCACAGUUCAAAUUAAUCCUGCACUUUCAACCUUUGGCAGGAGAGAAUAGAAAAUGUACAAAUCUGAGUGAGAAUUACAAAGAAAACAUACAGGCAGGCAGAUGACGACUAGAUCUUUAGAUUUCAGCAAGAAAUCAAUCACUUAAUCUAAAAAUUGACAGCGCACCAAGAUAUCACUGUAUAUUCCAGAAAAGGACAGACAUGCAGACACUUCUCUUAAUAUGUCUUAUUAAAUUGUCCAUCUACAUAAUCAGGCCUAUCCACAUGUCCAUACAUACAGUCAUAAUAUGUUUACAGAGUCUACACAGACACUCAGAAAUGAUCAGAUUAAGAAAUGUAAGUAGAAAUGUAACUUUAGGUGUGGUUACAGGUGCAAGAACAAACUGACACUUUUAAUAGGAAAGGGAAGUGAAAAACUGAUUUUUAGCCUUUUUAGCCUGUUCCUCUUUUAAAACUUCACCACUAGAUGUGCCCUCUUUCCAUGAUGGCACAAUUCUAGAUAGGAAACUACCAAAAAAGAAAAUAAGGGUGAUAUUUUUGUAACUACUAUAUAUGUGUGUGUAAAACUUGUUCCAUGUUCAUGAAUGCUUUAGUGGACUGGUCCUGCUGAUAACAUCGUUUUGACUGGGGCAAAUAAACACACAGAGGGUCAGAAACAGAUAACAAGCAGACCUAUUGCACACAUAUCAACACACACUGGCUAGACAGACAGAUAAAGCCAUGAUCCUGACAAGUCGCAGUUUGUGUCUUCCUUCUCCAGUCAUCGUCCAAGAGUUGUUCUUUGUGGCCCGAGAUGCCAGCAUCAUCCCUGAUAUUUCCAUGGACCCUGUCCUCACCACCUUCCUCUCGCUGGACUCCUCAGCAGCCCUACAGCAUCAAUAUGCCUUCUUACAGCGGAGCAUGAGCAGGGAGCAGCAGUCUGCAUUCAGGCUCAGCUUGACUGGAGAGCUGGGAGGGAGCAAAAGGGUCACCUAUGGAGGAGUAGGGGUUGUUGCUCUGGCUCUGUCCAUGCUUUUUGACCAGGUUGCCCAACAAGUCCGAGCACAAGGAUCAACAGAGGGGGGGAACUCAACACAGAGAUACCAGGUGAAGAGAAUUUUUGGUAUCAGCAGUUCUUCAAGAAUUGGCUGGAUUAUCCACAGCUACCUCUGCCUGAUCCCAGGCAUUGCCAACAACCUGGAGAAGAUGGCUGAGACAACAGAGCUUUACGACAACUGGCUGAAACUUGAGCUGAUUGACCAUUACGAGAGGAUGACCACUAAGAAGAGAAUGAGUUCAGUGUCUAUGCAGCAGUGGUUGGCAGGAGCUGCAGUUCAUCUACACAUGAGAAUUCACCAGGUUCGUAUGAAGUCUGUGCCAUUAGGAUCAGCUGAAUCACUGCGCUGGUCUUAUAAGUCGGGGUUGGUUGGUUUGGUUCAGCACUACACAACCUAUCUACGCAGAAACAUUCAGGAGACUCCAGCACCAGGCCGCCGAAAACCCCGAAUCAGGACAGCCAGUGCACUAAGACAAACUUACACGUUUAGCAUAACCAACAUUACCUGCUCAGGUAAUUGCAGUUUUAAUGGUAGCCAGGUUGGUCCAAAUAUCCAAAUCGACAGAUUUAAUGAGACUACAACACCCAGAUCAACUUCUAAUGUUAGCAGAAUUUUAAAAACAGAUAGAUCCAGUGAAGACUCUCGAUUUAAUGUGCCAAAAAGACGCAAUGAAACCACUGCAGGCAAUGAAAACAGAAAGACAUUCAACAAUUCUACUGGAUAUAACAGGGAUGAGGAAGCCCGCCUUCUGGGUCUGUUAGUUAUUGAGCCAUUGACGAAUGUGAGUCACAAUGUGCGACAUCACCCCUGUCAGUCUCCGGCCAUACAACAAGCUUUGGUGACUCGUAUUAUUAAUGCUCAGGACCUGGAACGCAACAGAAAGUUUUUCCAGUUCGCUGAAGGAGUUUUCUACAGCCUUGUUAGGCAGAGGGAUGACUUUGAACUCAAGACAAAUUAAACAGACAUGAAUGAUGCAUGAUUAAAUAUUUCACUGACUGUGUACAGUCCCACAAAUGAACCUAACAUUGUGCUGUUCUUCUUAGGAAACUAUCAUCUCAUCAGUCACUUUGAUCAUCAUCUCUUAUUCUCUGUCAGUCUAUGUGAAAGUAGGUGUCAUUCCCCGUUAACUGAACAGAUAUGAAAAGGUUUUGAUAAUCAACAUCCAAUGAUACUUUUCACGAGGCGUUUAAAGGAAUAAUUUUACAUCUUAAGAAGUACGCUUAUUCUCUUUCUUGCACAGAGUUUGGUGAGAAGAUAGAAAGAAGGAACAGUGCCUUUCUGACAUCUCCACUAAAAGCAGAUUUAUCUUCAGACAGUCAGGUUAGCUAUGCUAAAGUAAGUUAACCAUCUCCAGGCUUCAGCUUCACUGAAUCAUGAAAAUGAUAGUGAUCUUCUGUAUUUUAUGAUAACUUUUAUCAAGAAAUCAAAUAACCAUAUUUAUAUAUCAUUAUUUUAAUUCUGACUAAAAUUCUUUUUUUCUGGUACAGAACACCACAGAUUUUCUGUUUGCGAAGACAGAGAUAUGAUUUGCAUAAAGCCAGUCCAAUUAUUUCUUUUAAAUGAUAUUUGCAUAUAUCUCACUGAGACACUGAGUAACAACAAGACGGCAUACUGCGACAUGUUGCCAAACAAAAAGAGACAGAUUUUGCUCACAGUAGCAGAUAAAUCACCAAAUACCUUAUUUUCCCUCAUGUAAUAAUAAAAAUUACACACACAAAUUGAAGGGAUCUUUGACUGUGAUUCCAGCAGGAUUAGUUGCAUUUAUAUGUAUGUUCCACAAUUAUAUUUCUUAUUUUACAAAAGACGUGCUGUUCUCGUCACUGCUGUCUGCUGCUUACUUACCAUACUUUAAAUCACUGUAUAUGUGUUUAAUACACUAUCUUAUCUUAAACACAUUUAUGCUGCUCUAAUGAGAGUUGACUGAACUGGUACUCUUGUAAUGUAAAACUCAUUUCACUUAAUUUAAACCAAUAAUAAAUGUGAAACAUUCAAUUAUUCAUUCUGUUCAUUUGUACUUACUUUAUUGGGAACAAUUUUUGUAGCUUUAGUUGAGAGAAAUCAUGUAAUGUUUGAGUAUAACUCCCUUAAAAUGUUAUAAAUAUUGAGCCUGGUACUAGUGGUAUAGUAUACAGCCUCAGUGGCAAAACAUUACCAUCUUGUGGUGUAUAAAUGCCAUACAGAGUGGAAAAACAGUACAAGUACCUCAAAUAUUUUACACAAGUGUAUACAUUUAGUUAUUUUGUGACACUGAAGAAAAUGAAAAUAUUAGAGUAAAAAACAACAACAACAACAAAAAAAACACUUAAAAACGAAUACCGUGAUAUAUGUGAUGCAGUCUCUAUGCAGAAGUACAUGGGGUGCUGACCAGGAUACACAAUUAAUGAUUUACAGAACAAUGAUAAGAUCAAGAUUAGACUGGAUGUAAAGUUUGGAUGGAGUGCCAGGACAAUGUUUUCUGGCCUUUAGUGUACCACCUCAGUUCAAGGUUUACUUGUAGAAAUGGAAAAAAACUCCACUUGAGGUUUGACUAUCAAAACUGCCAAUGUGGUAAAUAAGUAAACCAACAGCAUACCAAAGCGAGCACCCAGUAAAGUUAGUUUAAAAAAAUGCAUGGGAAUGGAACAGAGUGUUUUGCAGUGUCAGGCUGCCUUCUGAAAUCAGGCAUAAUAAAAAUCAGUUAAACUUAUAAUAUCUUUCAGACCCAGAGAGUUCAACUCAGCCAGCUACAGCUAGUGUACAUAAGUGUAUAAGGUAACUGCAAUUACUGUCGUCUGCAGUUACACAUACAGGGCAAUAGCACAACAGGAUGUGUGAUUUAAAUCUAGUGACUAGAGUACUGUACUUUCCCGGCCUUGAUUAUCCAUUUACCGCAGUUACUCUGUUAACAGUAAACAGUGACAGAUGAUUAAAUGAGCUUUCCGUCUGUGUUGUUGUGUUUGCUGUCUGCUUGUGAAACACUUUGAAAUUGCUAUAUACAUAAUAUAUGUAAAAGCAAUGAUUGCUGCACAGCAUUUUGUGUGACAUCCUCAGACUAAGUCUCUUUCAGCACCUCAAAUUUUGACUUGAUGGACUUCCAACGUCCCUGUCCUUUUCUAGAAAUAUACUUAAAGGACCAGGAAGGAUUUAGGAUUUAAAUCCAGUAGGAUUUAGUGGAAUCUAGCAGUGUGCUUGUGGAUUGCAAACCCCCUUGCCUCACCCUCUCCUGACAGUUGUCAUGGAAAACCGUUUUUUUGAACGGGCUGUAAACAUGUUUAUUUCUGCUGUGAAGUUGGGCAUUUUAAUACGGCUGCUUAUGGAGGGUGACUCACUCCUGCAGCCUGACUCAAGCAGCCACUUGAGGAAUUACAGUUUUUAAAAAAAAAAUGUAUACAGCACUUCAACAUUGGCUUAAUUUUCCCGCCCGCUUAAUUGUAAUGCAGUCAAAGUGGGACUGGCUUUUCCACAUAAUGUAAUUGACACUUGACCAACCUGUACAACAUCUCUGUGAAAAGACACACUGUGUGCUCUAUUGUGCUUUUUUUUGUAUAAAGAAAA